CAGUGAGCUCGCCUUCGAGUCUCCCCGCCCCCGCGUCAACUGCGAGGGGCCGGCACACAGCCAGUUCCGGGGCGGUUGCUCCGACAGACCGGAACUCCCCGCCGCCUCCCGCGGCCUGGGGGACCGUAGUAGGCUGCAGUGAGGAGGCACUGAACUGGGCUCUUGACGGGCAUCAUCUCUUAAUCCUCAGAACAUCCCGGGGAGCUCCACAGGGUCCCAUAUCCUGGGCCAUGAGUGAGCUGAAGGACUGCCCCUUGCAGUUCCAUGACUUCAAGUCUGUGGACCACCUGAAGGUGUGUCCCCGCUACACGGCAGUGCUGGCCCGCUCUGAGGAUGAUGGCAUCGGCAUCGAGGAGCUGGAUACUCUGCAGCUGGAGCUUGAGACCCUGCUUUCCUCUGCCAGUCGGCGCCUGCGGGUGCUCGAGGCCGAAACCCAGAUCCUCACUGAUUGGCAGGAUAAGAAAGGUGACCGACGAUUCUUGAAGCUGGGUCGAGACCAUGAACUUGGAGCUCCCCCCAAACAUGGGAAGCCCAAGAAGCAGAAACUGGAAGGGAAGGCAGGACAUGGGCCAGGCCCUGGCCCCGGACGGCCCAAAUCCAAAAACCUUCAGCCCAAGAUCCAGGAAUAUGAAUUCACUGAUGACCCAAUCGACGUGCCACGGAUCCCCAAGAAUGAUGCCCCUAACAGGUUCUGGGCUUCGGUGGAGCCCUACUGUGCAGAUAUCACCAGCGAGGAGGUGCGCACGCUAGAGGAGCUACUAAAACCCCCAGAAGACGAGGCUGAACAUUACAAGAUCCCGCCCCUGGGGAAGCACUACUCCCAACGCUGGGCACAGGAGGACCUGCUGGAGGAGCAGAAGGACGGGGCCCGGGCAGCAGCCGUGGCUGACAAGAAGAAAGGCCUGAUGGGGCCACUGACUGAACUGGACACUAAAGAUGUGGAUGCCCUGCUGAAGAAGUCUGAGGCCCAGCAUGAGCAGCCGGAAGAUGGGUGCCCCUUUGGUGCCCUGACGCAGCGCCUCCUGCAGGCCCUGGUGGAGGAAAAUAUUAUUUCCCCUAUGGAGGACUCUCCUAUUCCUGACAUGUCUGGGAAAGAAUCAGGGGCUGAUGGGGCAAGCACUUCUCCCCGCAAUCAGAACAAGCCCUUCAGUGUGCCGCAUACCAAGUCCCUGGAGAGCCGCAUCAAGGAGGAGCUGAUUGCCCAGGGCCUGCUGGAGUCUGAGGACCGUCCCACAGAGGACUCAGAGGAUGAGGUCCUCGCGGAGCUGCGCAAACGGCAGGCCGAGCUGAAGGCACUCAGUGCCCACAACCGCACCAAGAAGCAUGAUCUGCUGAGGCUGGCAAAGGAGGAGGUGAGCCGGCAGGAGCUGAGGCAGCGGGUCCGCAUGGCAGACAACGAAGUCAUGGAUGCCUUCCGCAAGAUCAUGGCUGCCCGGCAGAAGAAGCGGACCCCCACCAAGAAGGAGAAGGACCAGGCCUGGAAGACUCUAAAGGAGCGUGAGAGCAUCCUAAAGCUACUGGACGGGUAGCCCUCACCCCUGCCUCAAGCUGCCUCCCCCUGGCCUAAGGGAGGAAGGAGGCCCACUUCUUUCUUUGGUCUGCUAGAAGCCUCAGCCUGUGGCUGCCCAUCAAAUGGUGACAGCCUCUAGAGGCUGUGGUCCUUCCCUGAGGUCUUUUGGCUUAGCUCUGUACAGCCAGGUCAUGGGAGGCCCUGCUGAGCUGACCUGGAGCCCAGCCUCUGCUUGGUCCCCAACAUGAUGGGGGCCUUCAUUUUGGGGCCUUCCUCUUCCCCCUCUUCACCAUCCCCCACUCCCCCGCCCCUACCCCUGUCUCCCUUAAGGACUUCUCCCUUGUGGUUUUGUAAAGUGCAAACUUGAGAAUAAAAUGACUGCUGUGGUUUUUUAAAAAGCA